AUGGAUCCCAGAUCUCACCCUUCCCGUCCUCCAUCCACCAGCCUGCCUCCAGGCUCCACGCCCAUGUCUUCGACUCCCAUCUCGAGCAUGCACAUGCCACAAUACUCGAUGCAGCCGCAGUAUCCGGUUUCGCAGCCGCAUACUCUGCCUCCAUUGCAGCCUCAUCACCCUCAGUCGCCCGCGCCUCACCAUUACAUGGGCCAGCCUUACCGUCCGGAUUUGUCGCGGUACCCUCCGUCAACUCACGAUGUCUACGGGGCUUCCCAGGCCCCUAUGAUGCCGCACACGACUGUCGGUAGCCUUCCGCCAUCGUCUCUGUUGAACCUUCCUAACCCUCAAACACAGGCGCAUCAGCAGUACCCCCCACCUCCGAGUGUGCUUCCGCCCGCCUCCACCGCUCAGAGCUACCCUCAACCGAUUGCUCCGGCACCCCCACGCGACCGUCGCCCGGAUUUCAAUGGUCUUCCCUCCGGUGCCUUUAGUUACUCCGAUGGCAAGGGCUGGGGUAUGACUCCUGAUGUGAACGGCGCGAACGGCUCCCCCUACGCCAAGGAACCGCCACGGACGCAGGUCGUCGGCUCUCAGGGCCGCCGUGGCAUUUUGCCCAGUGUCCCUGGCCGUGCGACUCCAGUUUCCAACGGCGUCAACGGUACAGCUAAGAGCACGACUAUUCCUGCUAAGGAUGCAGAUGGCAAAUUCCCCUGCCCGCAUUGUAACAAGACUUACCUCCACGCCAAGCACCUCAAGCGCCAUUUGUUGAGACACACCGGUGACCGCCCCUACAUGUGUGUUCUCUGUAAGGACACUUUCUCCCGCAGUGAUAUCUUGAAGCGUCACUUCCAAAAGUGCUCAAUCCGACGGGGUAACCCGACCGGUGCGACCCACUUGUCCCACCCCCAGGCCCAUCUGAAGCGGUCUCAGCAGCAAGCAGCUGCGGCUGCCGCGGCCAACCCCCCUAAGCCGCUCCAGGAUGAAGUCAGUAAUCCCGUCCCCCACUCCAAUGGCGUUAUGGGUGCGCAAUUCGAUGGGGCCGUGAACGGCAAUGGAAUGGCCGCAGGCCGUCCUGCCUACACGGAUCAGCAGCCGCUAGGCUUCACGAUGCAGUCUGUCAACAGCAUGAACCGUGGUCCCGGUGAUGACGCGUUCGCUGGCCAGGCGCAUGCGAGAGCCUCGUGGAUGGCUGGACCCAAGCAGAAUCCGUACCUCAUGCAGCCUGGUGUCGAUGCCCAUGGCCAGCAGCUGACGGAUCGUCCCCUUGAACAGGUAAAGCCCCCGGUCUAUCAUGACCACAAACCGGUCAUGCCCGGUCCCCAUUCACAUCACCCGGGUGUUGACUGGAAUUCGAUGUUUCAGCACGGUUCUUCCGACGGUUACAUUAACCCCGUUUUCCCCCACUCCAUGGCCGCGGGCCAGGAGCCGAUCCACGCUCCCGUCGACCACGACCGCAAGUUCUACCCCGCCUCGACCGGUCCCGAGAGCGGUAUGAACGGACUGUACCUUGCCUCGACUACACUGAGUGGAGAUGGUACUGUGCAGCCCGCGAGACAGUAG